AUGGACGUGGAAAUUGUUGAAGUCCAAAUUGAUGAGGUCAUGGUAGAGGUAGACGAAGAACCAUUGGUGCAACCCCAAUUAGAAGUCUUCCCAGAUGACGUUGAGGUUGUAGAUUUGCUGCCUGCUGAUGCUGCAGCAGUAUAUUAAUUCAUAGAUGUAUUCGACGUUUUACCACCAGACGUCGACAAUGAAUUUGUACCAAUUCCCCUGGGUGCUCCCAGAGCACGUGUGCCCGUAAGAGACCGUCCGGCUGGCAUUCAACACCAACUUCCCGAACAGCACAACAUAGGACCAUUGGAUGCCGUCUACGAUCACUGUGGUGGCCGUCAUUUCCACUGUGAGAAGAUUGGAAGGUCUCAUUUUUCAACGUGUUGCAAUAAUGGUCAAAUGGCUAUAACGGGUGACCGUGUGUUGGGUCAACCUCCAGAGUUAUUAAUUCGUUUGUUAAUAGAUGAUUCACAGGUAGCCAGGCACUUUAGAAAAGAAAUCAGACGAUACAACAACACUUUGGCGUUUGCUGCGUUUUCCACUGACCUCAACCCAAGACGUUUGCCAGGUCGGGGACCAAAAGUGUUCACUGUUCAUGGGCAAGUGUAUCGCAGGAUUAGUAACGACAUUGUCAGAAAUGAAAUGAUGCGACCGAGUUACUGUGAGCUGUACUUUAUCGAAUCUGGGGAAGCCAACCGGAUUCGAAUGGCACAACAGCCACGCCAACACUCGCUAUUGGAGAACUUGAUUACAGACUUAGACAAUCUGUUACGGCAAAUCAAUCCAUUUGCAGCGGCUUUCGAGACCAUGCGACAGGUAUGGCAGAGGGAACAAGACGCUGCUGCUGCUGAUCACACGGUGCAACCGAGGAGAGUGACAAUGCACAUCAUCGCCGACCCAAAUAAUGACCCUCGGCGAUACAAUCAACCGGCUGGUGAUGCAAAUGAAGUAGCAGUCGUAUUCGUUGGUGACGACGGUCUACCACCAAAGAACCUUGAUCUGGUCAUUUAUGACACGAACCCAGUCAACCCACAACAUCGGAUGCAAAGCAUAUCAGUAGGCUCACCUCAUGCGGAUCCUAUGCUGUAUCCACUGUUCUUCCUGUAUGGAGAAUCCGGUUGGCACUACAACCUGCUACAAGAAGGCAACCGUCGUAAUGCUGUUCGCGUUCGGAACACCAUCAGGGAGUUUGUGUGUUACCGCUUGGCCAUUCGAUAUACAGGAAACAAUGGAAAUGGGAAUGACGGCCAAACAUUAAGUUUAUUGCAUGCCGGUGGUUUUUUGUUACAGCAGUACGUGUGUGAUCAGUACGUUCGGAUGGAAGCGAAUAAUUUACGCUACACUAGAGACAAUCAAAGGACGCUGUUUGCCGAAGCGUAUCAGGGGCUUGUGGACCACAUAAACCAACAACUUCAUGUAGAUGAAAUCGAUCCUGUUGGUCGUAGGAUGAUUUUGCCAUCAACGUUUGUAGGCGGCCCCCGUUACAUGAAACAAUGUUACCAUGACGCGAUGGCCAUUGUGCGUAAGUACGGUAAACCUGACCUGUUCAUAACGUUCACAUGUAACCCUAAGUGGCCAGAGAUUGUUGACAACAUUCCAAAUUGGUUGAAAGCUAACGACAGGCCAGAUUUGGUGGCAAGGGUGUUCCAUGCAAAACUUAAGGAGCUAAUGCGUGAUAUAACAGUUACUAAGGUGUUUGGUAAUGUUGAUGCUUACGUUUAUACUAUUGAGUUUCAGAAACGAGGUCUUCCGCACGCCCACAUACUCAUUAUCUUGCAAGAAGACAGUAAGUUGCAUACUGCCGACGACGUUGACGAUGUGGUAUGUGCCUGCUUACCAGACCCGGCAACUGACAGACGCCUAUUCAACAGUGUGACAUCACACAUGAUUCAUGGACCGUGUGGACAGCUUAACCAUAACAGUCCGUGUAUGGUGGACAACAGUUGCUCAAAAAACUACCCAAAAGAGUACAGCGAAGAGACUUUGUACAUUUCCGACAGCGGUUACCCGACUUACCGCAGACCAAAUAACGGACUUGAGGCUAACGUCAGAGGUCACCGAGUAGGAAAUGAGUUUGUUGUGCCAUACAACCCUUACUUGCUGAUCAAGUAUGAUGCGCACAUCAACGUUGAGGUAUGCUCUACAGUGAAGAGCGUAAUGUAUCUAUACAAAUAUGUGUACAAGGGACAUGACGCGGCUACCGUGGAAGUUUGGAAUGGAAAUGAAAUAGAAAAUUACAUAAAUUCACGGUACGUCAGUCCACCAGAAGCGGUUUGGAGGUUGUUUUUGUAUGAAAUGCAUAACAAGAGUCAUACGAUCGUCAGACUUCCAGUACACUUAGAAGAUUAUCACAACGUGUACUUUGCCCCAAAUCAGGCACUGGAAAGGGCACAAAAUGCUGCUCUAGCUCGAACAAAACACACGGCCUUCUUUGCGCUUAACGCGACAGACGUCGAGGCCAGACAGUACCUGUACCAAGAGAUACCGAUACAUUACACUUGGAACGCAACGCGAAGAACAUGGUUACGACGGCGAAUACAGAUGACGUACGAGACGCUGGCUCGAAUGUACGUCGUCAACCCACUUGAUCGAGAACGUUUUCACUUGCGACUACUACUUCUACAUAAGAGAGGCCCGCAGUCAUACCAUGAUGUGAGGACAGUAGACGGAGUGCAGCAUCCAACCUACGCGGCUGCAGCAGUCGCGAUGGGACUGUUGGAAGACGACAGAGCUUUGCUGGCAUGCAUGGCUGAAUCGGCAACGUUGGACCCUCCAUCUCAGCUUCGUUACCUGUUCGUUACGAUGCUAUUGUUUUGUGAAACCGCAAACCCGUUGACGUUGUACCAAACUCACGAAGCACACAUGAUGGAGGACUUCAAUCAGCGGGUGCGUGACGUAGACCGCGCGAGGGCGGCAUGUCUAGACGCUAUCGAUCGAUUACUUCGGGGUCACGGGAAAUCACUCACGGACUACGGUUUGCCUCUGCCGGACGUCGCACUGUUGGAAGAGGAUCCGGAUGACGGCAUGUUUGGUCAAAUAGACGCGGCUAUACGCUGGGCUCAACAAUUAGACAACUUAAACGACGAACAACGGACAGUGUUUGAACGUGUGAUGGCGGCCGUAGACGACAACAGAAACGUCUCAAAACUUUUCUACGUCGACGGACCUGGAGGAACUGGGAAAACGACGCUUUACGGAUGCCUGAUAUGGUCGCUUCGCAGCCAAGGGCGUUCCGUGUUGUCCGUGGCAUUCACAGGAAUCGCAGCGUCGCUCAUUGACGGCGGCAUGACUGUGCACUCGACGUUCGGAUUGCCGUUCGGCACGCUCACGGACGAUUCGACGUCGUCCAUCACCAUGCAGUCGUCACGCGCUCAGAGGAUACGCGACGCAGCACUCAUCGUCUGGGACGAAGCGCCUAUGUCUCCGGGACUACAACUCACGGUGGUCAAUCGGUUGCUCAAGGACGUCAUGGGAUCGGAGUUACCGUUUGGCGGUAAACCAGUCCUGUCAGUGGCGCCGAACUACUUUUUAGUAGGUGGUGCAAACACAAAUUUUAACCACCCACCCACCACUCCCUAG